GCAGCAUGGCGGCGGCGGCGGCGGGAGCCGCGCAGCCCCAGGCCGGUGCGGGCACCGCCGCCAGCGCCGCGGCGGAGGAAUCGUCGGACAGCGAACCGGAGCAGGAACCGGGCUCCCCGCAGAAACUCAUCCGUAAAGUCUCUACGUCCGGGCAAAUCCGCCAGAAGACAAUCAUAAAAGAAGGGAUGCUGAUGAAACAGACCAGCUCCUUCCAGCGCUGGAAGAGACGAUAUUUUAAGCUGCGAGGACGAACGCUCUACUAUGCAAAAACUGCUAAGUCCAUUAUUUUUGAUGAAGUGGAUCUGACAGACGCCAGUGUGGCAGAAUCCAGCACUAAGAAUGUCAACAACAGCUUCACGAUUAUCACUCCCUGUCGGAAGCUCAUCCUUUGUGCUGAUAACCGAAAAGAGAUGGAAGAUUGGAUUGCAGCACUGAAGACUGUCCAAAACCGUGAACAUUUUGAGUCUACCCAGUACAGCAUGGACCAUUUCUCAGGGAUGCAUAACUGGUACGCCUGCUCACACGCUCGGCCCACCUACUGCAAUGUGUGUCGCGAGGCCUUGUCUGGAGUCACGUCACACGGGCUGUCAUGUGAAGUGUGCAAGUUUAAAGCCCACAAGCGGUGUGCUGUGCGGGCAACCAAUAACUGCAAGUGGACAACUCUGGCCUCUAUCGGGAAGGAUAUCAUUGAGGAUGAAGAUGGGAUCUCAAUGCCACAUCAGUGGUUGGAAGGAAACCUGCCCGUGAGUGCCAAAUGCACUGUGUGUGAUAAGACCUGUGGCAGUGUCCUACGCCUGCAAGACUGGCGCUGCCUUUGGUGCAAAGCCAUGGUACACACAGCAUGUAAAGAGUUGUUGCCGAACAAGUGCCCUCUUGGGCUGUGCAAAGUAUCUGUCAUUCCUCCCACUGCUCUUAACAGCAUUGAUUCAGAUGGUUUCUGGAAAGCUACUUGUCCCCCUUCUUGCACAAGUCCAUUGUUGGUUUUUGUCAACUCAAAAAGUGGAGACAACCAAGGUGUAAAAUUUCUGCGAAGAUUCAAACAGCUACUGAAUCCAGCCCAGGUCUUUGAUCUCAUGAAUGGAGGACCUCACCUUGGUUUACGCUUGUUCCAGAAGUUUGACACCUUCCGGAUUCUGGUUUGUGGCGGGGAUGGAAGCGUUGGCUGGGUUCUCUCCGAAAUCGAUAGCCUCAAUCUUCACAAGCAGUGCCAGCUGGGAGUGCUGCCCUUGGGAACAGGGAAUGACCUUGCCCGUGUGUUAGGCUGGGGGUCUGCUUGUGAUGAUGAUACCCAGCUCCCCCAGAUCCUGGAGAAGCUGGAGAGAGCCAGUACAAAGAUGCUGGACAGGUGGAGCAUCAUGGUGUAUGAAACGAAACUCCCUCGACAAGCUUCCACUUCCACGGUCACUGAAGAUUUCAGUGAAGAUUCUGAGGUGCAGAAGAUUCUCUUCUAUGAAGACUCUGUGGCUGCUCAUUUGUCCAAAAUUUUGACUUCUGACCAACACUCAGUGGUCAUCUCCUCAGCCAAGGUGCUUUGUGAGACAGUGAAGGAUUUUGUGGCUCGUGUAGGGAAAGCCUAUGAAAAGGCAACAGAAAGCUCAGAAGAAUCAGAGGUCAUGGCCAGAAAGUGCUCUGUCCUGAAGGAGAAGCUGGACUCACUGCUGAAGACACUGAAUGAUGAAUCUCAAGCAUCUUCAUCUCUGCCAAACCCUCCUCCUACCAUUGCAGAAGAAACAGAAGAUGGUGAUGGGUCAGGCAGUGCUUGUGAUUCUUCCAGCGACCGCUCGGUUGGCUCAUCGUGUACUGCACGGCCCCAGAUAUUCCGGCCCCGAGAACAGCUCAUGUUGAGAGCCAACAGCCUGAAAAAAGCCAUACGCCAGAUAAUAGAGCAUGCAGAAAAAGCUGUAGAUGAACAGAAUGCCCAGACUCAGGAGCAAGAGGGCUUCCUUCUUAGUCUCUCAGCAUCUGAAGAGGGCAAGGAGCUGAGGAAUGAGGAUAAAAUCUCCCUACAGUCUUCACACAGCAGCAGCUAUGGAGUGUCCAAAGGAAGGAGUCAACGGAAAGCUUCCAAGUCUCCCUGUGAAAGGCUAAUAAACAAAGGAAGUUUGUCACUGGGCAGCUCUGCAUCUCUGCCUGCCCAGACAGGAAACCGAGACAACUUGCCAAUGCUGAACACAAAAAUCCUCUACCCAAAUAUCCGUGCUGGCAUGUCAGGUUCUUUGCCUGGGAGCUCUGUCAUCAGCCGAUUGUUGAUUCAUGCUGAUCCCUUUAACUCUGAGCCUGAAAACCUGGAAUGUUACACAGAGAAGUGUGUCAUGAAUAAUUACUUUGGAAUUGGACUGGAUGCAAAAAUUUCUUUGGACUUCAACAAUAAACGUGAUGAGCACCCAGAAAAGUGCAGAAGUCGUACUAAAAACAUGAUGUGGUAUGGAGUAUUGGGGACCAAGGAGCUGCUGCACAGAACAUACAAAAACCUGGAGCAGAAAGUCUUGCUGGAGUGUGAUGGGAGGCCAAUCCCUUUGCCCAGUCUCCAGGGAAUUGCUGUACUUAACAUUCCCAGCUAUGCAGGAGGCACCAACUUCUGGGGAGGAACAAAGGAAGAUGAUACAUUUACAGCCCCCUCCUUUGAUGACAAGAUUUUGGAAGUGGUAGCAGUGUUUGGUAGCAUGCAGAUGGCAGUGUCCCGGGUGAUCAACCUGCAGCAUCACCGGAUUGCACAGUGCCGGACGGUGAAGAUAGCAAUCCUUGGCGAAGAAGGAGUUCCUGUGCAAGUGGAUGGAGAGGCCUGGAUCCAACCUCCAGGUUACAUUUGGAUUGUUCAUAAGAACAGGGCACAAACCCUCACCCGAGACAGGGCUUUUGAGAGCACCCUGAAGUCCUGGGAGGACAAACAGAAGUGUGAGUUGUCCCGACCCUCCUCUUUCUCCCUGCAACCUGAGAUCAUGUCUGAAGAAGAAUCCACCCAGAUCAAUCAGUUUGGUCAAGCUGCAGGUGCUCUGAUCCACAGCAUUCGGGAAAUAGCCCAGUCCUAUCAGGAUAUGGAGCAGGAGCUUGCCCAUGCUGUCAAUGCCAGCUCUAAGUCUAUGGACAAGGUCUACGCUAAAUCCAAGUCUACAGAGGGUCUGAACUGCAGCCUUGUUGUGGAGAUGGUGAAUAAUGUCAAAGCCCUGCACAACGAGACAGAGCUCCUGCUGGCAGGCAAGAUGGCACUGCAAUUAGAUCCUCCACAGAAGGAGCAGCUCCAAGCAGCCCUGGCAGACAUGGACCUCCAGCUGAGGAAACUGGCAGACAUCCCUUGGCUGUGGCAACUUAUGGAGCCCUGUGAUGAAGAGAACCAGAUGCUGGAUUACUCCAAACGCAGCCGCAGUGGCAAAUUCCGGCUGGUGACUAAGUUUAAAAAGGAGAAGAACAACAAAAACAAGGAGACCCAUAGCAGCAUGGGACUGCCGGGACCUGGGUGUGACCAAGGUGGGUCACAUGAAGAGGAUACUGCACGGGAUCAAGGAGCUGAGCCGGAAUACUCCUGCCAGCGAGCCUUCCCUUACUGCAUGGAAUUCCUGAGGCAUCAAAUGUGUAAGAAUUACAGACACAUUGCAUUUUCCCACUUAUUUGUUGAGGCACAGGCCAGCAUCUGCAUGACAGUGAAGAGUGAGCUCCUAACCAUCCUUGCUGGUGACAGUAAUGUGACAGCCUGCUGCCUGUCCCCAGGAGUGUGCAUGGUUAGCACAUUUGUGUGGCUGCCCAGGAGAGCACUGCAGGGAGCACAAGGCAGGUGGUAUCUCUGGAGAAGAGGUGAGAUCUGUGUUUGUUCGUGUACGUGAUGAAGAAGCUGUUCUUGCCGUGAAGUUUCUCCAGGCAUCCUCAUGGUUAAAGAUGCACAGACAAUAUGCACUGGUCUUGCUUGUGUAAUUCCUGGGGUAUUAAAUUCUUGCUUCAGGAGAAACAGUUCCCCUCUACUCUUCCUGCUCAAAGUAACAGGAAUCCAAAGAGCUUAUAGAGACACAUUCCUUAAUUUGUGUCGUGUGUGCAGAGCCUGAUAGCCAUUGGCCAUCUGCUCUGAGUGAUGAUGCCUGCACAGACCAGACUUCAUUCCUUUACUUUUAUGAUGUUGAAGGGCUCAGAUCCUUUUUGUGUGCAUGCACAUUUUAUCAGAGGCUUCGUAGCCAGCAUAUUCCUGUCUGUUGCUUACCUGAGGCAGGGAGGGAGUUCUGCCUUCUUUUAAGACCUGAAAAAUGAGAUCCACAUUCAACCUGAGUGCCUUUGAAUACAUAUUAAGGUUCAUAUCUAAUGAAAGGCUUGUAGCUGUAGAUGUCUCACUGGGAAUAAUGCAGAUUCCUGUUGCAGAGAUUUUGUGACUUUGCAGAUGAGGACAAUUUGUGAGAGCCAUCUGCAGAGUAGGGAGCUGAACUUCUAGCCACAUUACUCUGAGUUCCUCUCUGGCAUCUGAUAAGUUUUUGUGGGAGAGAAACUCAAGACAAUGAAACAGUAAAAAAAAUCUGCUGCUUCAUUUACAGAAAAAAAAAAGAAAAAGAGAGAAAAAAAAAAGAGAGACUCUCCUGCAGUCUCAGGUGAAACAGCAGCUUGAAGAGAAGCUAGAACUGCACUUGCCGCACAUUUAGUCUCUUAGGAAAAUGCUAUUGCGUGGAAGCUGUGUGGCCCCUUCUGUUCUUCAUCCCUCACCCUUGGCACUGAUGCUGGGGCAGUGUCUGCAGUGAUUUGGCCAUGCAGCUUUCUCUGCUCAGAGGAGGUUUCAGUGAGUGUUACCUCACAUUCUGGCGCCGCCUCGGAGAUCUCAUGGCAGUUUGUUGGGAAUAGCAUGCUCUGCCUUACGGCUUAGUGGGAUUGCAUACAGUGGAGACUGGAAGGAGGUUUGGCCUAUGAGGCAGCUGUUAGCAGUGCCCUGCUCUGCCUGGGUCCCCAUCAGGAGGGCUGUUGACUCUAAUGCAGUCCUCCUGCCUUGGCUGGUGCAGUCUCAGUGCUGAGAGCACAGGUCCCCGCUGCAGCCGGAGCCAGCUGUUGGCCUGCAGCAGAGGGGAGCUGUGCUGCUCAGUGCUCAGGUGCUGGCCUUGCCAGGCACCCAGGAGCCUCCGGCUCUGCCAAGGCCCUUCAAUGCCAGUCCUGGGAACAUUUCUGCACCCAAAUGAUAAAAAAGCUUUCUUUGUUGUUUUAGUAUUAUUUAAAGAUGUGCAUACUCUCUCUGUGAUUUUAACAAAGACUGUUUACACAAAAUAUUUUGUAUCUUAAGAUGUGUGUACUGUAAAAACAGGAGAAAAAGAAAAAAAGGAGAAAAAGAAAAAAAGGAGGAAAAGAAAAAAGGAGAAAAAGAAAAAAAGGAAGGUGUAAAAAAAAAAAAAGGGUGUUUUUUUUCUACAGCCAUCAGCAGUGAGUGCAUGUCUGUAUCAUCAUCCCAUCAUCCACCAACCGUUGUUCCUCAGGGGUCUCCCCGCCGUUCCUGUGAUCCUGUAAAAAGCAUAGGGGAGCAAGUGAAUCCCUGUGCAGUCUUGGGAAGAAGGUUUUGUGCCUUAAGAAUGGGACCUACUUCCCUCCUAUUUAUUGUGUUAAUUUAUACAGUGAUUACCAUGGAAAUGUCUCUUGUAUUGUUUAUUUUGUACAUAGUUUACUGUUGAUUGGUGUAAAUAAGUUUAUCUUGUAUAUAAAGUAAACAUGUUUCUGAGCUUCCAGUAAAGAUUCUCUGUUACUGAUUUCAUGUGUCUGAGGGCCACAGUGGCCAUCUCCUAUCUGGUGGAAACCAGCUAAUAAAAACCUGUGCUGUGGUAAAA